AUGAGUGAACCUAACCAAAACAUCAACCUUGACAUGCACCCUCCAGCUCAAAAGGUCGGCGGUAUGCGUGUCAAGCAAGCCAACCACACCCCUUUGCCUACUGCCGAAGAUCGUGAUGAGCGUAUGGAGGAAGCUGAUAUGAGUGAGGAGGACCAACAGCAAAUGAUCUCGAUGGAGCGUGAACGCGAGAAGGCUUUUCGUGAGAAACAACGAGCGGAAAGCUAUGGCCAAACCCCUACACUUAACAUCCAUGGCAAAGAACCAAACAAUAGAAUGGAACGUGGUGCAGGCUACAACCCAGCUUUCCAGCCUCGUUCAAUGAACCAUUAA